CAGCAAAGUUCCCAUUUGCGGCUGCGAACGGGCCCACGGUUCCAGUGUUCCGAAGCUUUGGGAACGGGGUUAUUGACAGCUUCCCUGAUGCUCAAGGUCGUCCGCUGCUGCACCCGAGCCAGAGCUACCGCAUGCGGGGUCCCUCGGGGUGCAUGCAGCCACUGUAUGAACCAAGAUCCCGAGCACAAAUGACUUCCCUCGUUUCACUCCAGCCAGAUUCUACAGAUUGAAACGAGGUUCAGGCCUGAGGAUCGGGAAGACCCCUGUGAGCCGUGUGACACGGGAAGAUGUGUUGGCCAGAGCCCUCGUGCAUCGAAGUUGCAGAUCACUCCAGCGCAUUCUUCUGCCUCCCAGCUCAUAAAGGUGCAUCCUAUCCUGGAUCCAGCUACUCUCGUACGUCUUCGCUUGACAUUGCUUCACCAGGGGAGGGUUAGGUACUCUACACCCCCAACCAUGUCCACGGCGACUUCGACGACGGCGCCCGCGGCGACAGGAGCCUCUCCUGGCAACAUCACAGGUCCGUUCGUGAUACCGGGCAUCGCUAUCUCCGACCGGGCCGCCCACCUCUCCCAAAUCUACAUUGGAGUCACCUCUGUAUUAAUGAUGCUCUGUGUGAUCGCCUUCGGCACCCGAAUUCACCAGAGAAUGGUCCCCGUAUGGAAGGUCGGGGCAGACGAUUGUUUCAUCAUCGCGGGUUUCAUUCUCACCGUUGCGGACUGGGCAAUGCUCUUACCUAUGAUGGUGCUCCGCCCGGGGCUCAUCUCGCUCGAGCGCUCGACCGAAGCUGGCAAGAACUCGUGGCUCGCGAUCGCCGUCUGGGGCCUGUCUAUGACCUGCAUCAAGAUCUCCAUCGCCCUUACCCUGCUGCGCAUCCAGGGCAAGGAGCGCGGUUGGCGCAUCUUCCUGUACACGGUCAUGAGCGUCCAGGCCGUCUACGGCGUGGGCAACACGCUCUUCAACCUCGCUAUCGCUUGCCGUCCGCUGGCGGCGGCCUGGAACCCCUUCAUCCCCGGGGCGCACUGUGUCUCGGCCGAGGUCAUGAGGGGCAUUUCGAACCUGGGCAGCUCGAUCAACAUCACGACAGAUGUGUUGCUGUCGCUAGCGCCGGCAACCUUCCUCAGGAAACUCAAUCGGCCCUUGCGGGAGCGGGUGCUGGUGUGCGUGUUGAUGGGCAUGGGUUUGUUCGCGAGCAUCUCGUCGAUUGUCAAGACGGUUAUUGUGAAGGACUGGGGCCUUCCGACAGAUACGGCCGGGGAUUGGUGGGCAAUGGGGGUGUCGAUCUGUACUUGGACCGCGCUGGAGCAGCUACUCGGCGUCCUGGCUGCCUGUGUACCGGCCAUGAAGGGCAUCUUACAGCGCUGCUUGGGCGCCAUAGGCGUGCCACUGACGGAGAACAGGUCACACCAGCGGUCAGGGUAUGGUAUGGGAUAUGCGGGCACAGGCCGCGGUGUGUCCAGUCGAACGGGGCCUGAACGCACAGCGACAUUGCGCAGUCAAAAGAGUGAUCGUGUCCGCACCGAGCAUCGGGAGUUCCGGGAGCAUCAGUUCCCAAGAAAGGGCAAGGAAUGCGACGGAGAGGAAAUCUGUAUUGAGCUGCCGGAUAUCAGUCGGAAUGGAUCGGCAAGGUCGCUGGAUCAGGGGCUUAAUGACUCGAGGGGCCAGUCGAUCGAACAGUUACUAGUAGUGUAUGCUCGAUGAGAUAGCGGGUUAUCAGUGCCACUGUAAUAUUAGCCUGUAAGGUGG